AGCAUGGCCCGGGGGUUGCUGGCCGCCCGCGGACUCCGGCUGCUGCUGCCGCUCCUGCCGCUGCCGCAGGUGGCGCUGGGCUUCGCGGACGACAGCUGCGACCCCUCGGACCAGUAAGUCGGGGGGGAGGGAGCCGGGGCCUGGCCCCGCCCUGUAGGGAGGCGAGGUCGGCCGUCGCAUGCCCCGCCUGCUCCAGGUGCCGCCGUCCCCACAGGUGCCCGCCCCAGGCCCGCUGGAGCAGCCUGUGGCACGUGGGGGUGCAGGUGCCCGGUGGCCGAGGGUCAGUCCAGUGGUAGAGCCUUGCUCUCCUAGGCUCAUCCUGCUGGCGGUCCUCCUGCUUCUGCUGUGCGGGGUCACAGCCGGCUGUGUCCGGUUCUGCUGCCUCCGGAAGCAGGCACAGGCCCAGCCACAUCUGCCACCAGCACGGCAGCCCUGCGACCUGGCGGUCAUCCCUGUGGACAGCGACAGCCCUGUACACAGCACUGUGACCUCCUACAGCUCCGUGCAGUACCCACUGGGCAUGCGGUUGCCCCUGCCCUUUGGGGAACUGGACCCGGACUCCAUGGCUCCUCCUGCCUACAGCCUGUACGCCCCGGAGCCUCCACCCUCCUACGAUGAAGCUGUCAAGAUGGCCAAGCCAAGAGAGGAAGGGCCAUCACUCUCCCAGAAACCCAGUCCUCUCCUUGGGGCCUCAGGCCUAGAGACCACUCCAGUGCCCCAGGAGUCGGGCCCCAAUACUCAACUACCACCUUGUAGCCCUGGUGCCCCUUGAAGGAGGUAGGAGAACAGACCAGAGCUUGGAGAACUAGCGCCUGGAGCCAAGGGCCCCCAGCCCACCCCACCAUCCCACACAUUGCUGUGGCCCCAGCCUGGGUGCCAUGUUACACCGGCCCCAUGGCGUCACCCCCAGGCAGGCUGCUGCUGUCAGCCUCAGCCCCUGGCCCAGCCCCAGCAGGCCCUCGGCCUGGAAGAGGCCCCCUGGGCCUGAGCCUGGGGUGGGAGCUCAGGGCCAGUUGUGACGUCUGCAUCUUCUUGGAGAAAGAAUAAAGUUUGUAUUUAAGUGG